ACAAUCAAGCCACGUGUGUUAUUUAAUCCAAUUAAAACAAUCAUUAAAACGAAAGUUGAAUUUUUUAUUAAAAGGAAAGUUUGUAGUAUAGGCAACCAAUCAUACAACAGACGCAAAAACUGUUUAUUUUUUUGUUUGUGUACAUUUUUUGUUGUAUUAUUUGUUGUUUAGCAUCUGGUAGUACACUUAAUACAUUAUUGAUAAGAACUAUUAAUUAACAAGAAAAAUACCGAUUACGUAACAUAGUAUAGGCAACCAGUUAUGCACACAAUUAAUUAAUUGCAUUAAAAUAACAUUAACAACAUUUAAAAAACGCUUUAGUUCCUGGCUUUUAAUUACCGUAUCGCAUAAUAUUAUUUAUAUAUUUUAUUAACAAAAAUUAAUAAAUCAGGUUAGGUAACAUUACUAAUGCUUACACCAGAAGAAUGAAAUUAGCGAAAUGCUUGUUUAAGUGAUUCUUAAUCGUUGUUAUUUAACAAUUAUGGCAAUUAUUACUAAACAAAGUGAAAGUUAAAUGUUAUCGUAAAACUUUAAUUAUAGUGAGUAUGCAACCAGUUAUACAAUCUAAUAUUAAAUUAUUCAAUUUGGGCAAAUUUUAUCACUUCCGGUACGUUUUCCGUGAUAAGGAAUCAUAACAAAACGACGCAAAUGUUUAAUUCUGGCAAAAUAAUCUAUUAAAAGUUAUGCAAGUUUUUUUUGUGGUGUUUUUUUUUUUAGUUAAUAAUUGAGGUGAAAUAAAACAAACACAUAAAAACGUAACUUUUAUUUAUCUAACAACACUGAAUAAUUUAUUUCGCGUGUGAGGGAGUCAAGGUCAGUUGGGACCCAGCCAUGGGUCUGAAAACGUUGCGUCUUGUUUGUACCAUUGGUCGGUUUUUUGCAAUCACCCCAUCGUCCAUUGACACGAAAACGGAACCAUUUUACCAAAAAAUGUACAUUUUCGUGGUCUUGGGUUUGCUAACUUGUGGGCUAAUUUCAACCACGAUUACCAACAAUUUUUACCUUGGGGACAUUUACAUGAAAAUCGUGGUGGCUUAUUUGACCGAAUUAAACUUGUACAUUUUUAGUUUGUAUGUGUUGGUAGUGGUGAAUUUGAGGCAACGCAAACGUUGGUACCUCCUGAUGCGUCACCUUGAAAUUAUCAAAAUCAAGAUAAAAGUCCCUAAAAAGAAGGGCUGGAAGUUGCCGUAUUUUAGUAAAUUUUGGGGAUUUUGUUUUUUGACGUUGUUGUGUGAGGCUUUGGUGGAUUUUCGGUGGGCGUUUUUGUUCGGUUGGCGCUACUUGAACAAGUUUAAUGUGCGUUUGGUGCAGAUUUUUUUCACCAAUUAUUACAAAUUUAUGCUAUGUGUUGUACUGAACACGUUUCGGGUUUGUUACCAGAAAAUACGCCACCAAAAAACGCUAAACGAAACUGUGCAAAUUUUCGUCCAGUUGAGACAAACUAUUGAUGUUUUCAACGAAAUUUUCCAAUUCCCCAUUGCUUUAAUGGUCGCGUUCACGACUUUUGAAGUCCUUAACUAUAUUUUGUUCACCCUGUAUGUGAAAAUUGAAGUUUCGGUGUUUGAAAGCAUAGUUUUGGCAAGCUUGAGGCUUGGACCGACUGUGGUUUGGACCACUGUUUUAUUACUACUGUGUGACUACGUGAGACAAGAGGGCGAGAAAAUUGUAACAUUGUUUUACGAAAUGCGGUUACAAAAUUACGAAUUGUUUGAGUUAACCGAAUAUGUGGAGGAGAAUUUGCCGGUUUUAACCGCCGGUUAUUUCCGGUUGGGCAAGCCGACGAUUUUGCGCAUGUUUGCCACUGUUGCCAACUUUGUGAUCGUCGUGGUGCAAGUCACUAAUAAAAAUUGAAUUCU